GAACCUCUGCUCCUCGCUCUCGCAAGGGCGCGUGCUCCCUACCCAGCAGUCCUCGCGCGGCCCGGUACAGCGGACACCCAGGACUCCAAGAUGGCGUCACCCGUACCAAUGAAGGAGAAGAAGCUCAUGGAUGUGAAGCUAGGAGAGCUGCCAGGCUGGAUACUAAUGCGGGAUUUCACCCCUAAAGGCAUUGCUGGUGCAUUUCAAAGAGGUUAUUACCGGUAUUACAACAAGUAUGUCAAUGUGAAGAAAGGGAGCGUCGCUGGGAUUUCUAUGGUGCUGGCAGCUUAUGUGCUUUUCAACUACUGUCGGUGUUACAAGGAACUCAAACAUGAACGGCUACGCAAGUACCACUGAAGAGGGCCGUGUGGAGGCACAUUCGGCAUUCCUGACCGUGACCUUUGAAACCUUUCAUACCCUAAUUCAGAAUUAACCUCCAAUAAAAGAUGACUGAUACUCA